AUGACACCCCUGCGCGUCGGUGUCCUCCUCGUGGACUCGGUCCAGCUCCUAGAUCUAGCAGCCGUGGACCUACUCUUCAUGGCAACCCCUGAAUACCUCAAGGAGAUAGGAAUGCCCAAGCCACUCCAAGAUCUAGGCCAACCAUGCGAAAUCCACUACAUUGGCCGUGAUGGUCUGAACGCUCAAUCCCCAGUGACAUCGCAAAUGUCCCUCCGCCUGACAGACUCCUUAACCGACGCAGCCGUGGCACCAGGAAGCCUUGACCUUCUCUACAUACCCGGACCUCCGCCGAAAUCCAUGCCACCGUCCAUCGAAUACCUCGACUUCGUCCGCAAACACGAUGCAGCAGCUACGACGAUCGUAACAAUCUGUACGGGCAUCCUAGUUGUCGCCCACGCGGGAAUCACUAAGGACAAAACCGCAACAGCACCACGCUUCCUCAUCCCAUACUUGAGAAACCAAUUUCCCGAGACGAAACUAUGGAGCGAUGCACUACGAUUCACCCACGAUGGAAACCUAUGGACUAGCGGCGGCAUAACAAACGGCCACGAUCUCAUCGCUGCAUAUCUGUACACCAUAUACCCGACACCGCUCGUAAACACUGUCCUCGCCGUCGCUGAUAUUGCACCCCGUCCGCCAGGGUAUCAAACCACAACUUUUGGCGAUACGAUGUACGUCCUGGUUCAGAUCAUACGAGCGAUCCCGAGCUUGAUCGCGCAGUUAUUCAUCAAAAAGUAA